AUGUAUGCCUGUGUGUAUGAGGCGAGUAAUGUAAUUCAAGAGUACAAGAAGCUUCCUUCUUCGGGUCCAAGGGAACUCACACCUGCAAUGAUUCGUUCCAUUGAGGAAGCAGACAAGUUAACAAAGAGGGGAAAGAAACAAGAAAAGAAGAAGGAAGAAAGGGUUAGCAAAGGAGCUAAGGGGAAAAUUACAAGGAAGUGCAAGUCAGAGAAGGCGGCUCCUUCCCAAUCCAAGCAGAAGAAGACCAAGAAGCCUGCUAGGAGGCUUAUCCUUCCAUCAUCAAGUGACUCAGACUCUGAGUAUCUCCCUACUGGACAUAAACAGAUCAUUCUUAGUGAAUCUAAGAGCGAAAGCUUCAUUGAUGAAGGCUCGGUGCGUGGUGCUCAGAUAAAUGCACAAACAGUGAACGCAUCUGUUGAUAUUAUCAAACGUUCAUUGGAGGCAGAGAUGACACAACUUGGAGUGGCUCGAAAAGCUAUUGAAGCUGCUAACGAAGAGCUCCACACCAAAGUUGAUACUCGUUUAAUUCAGCUUGAGGCUAAGCUUGCAGUUGAAAAUAGAAUCAUGGAUGAGCUGGACAAGCGAACCUCUCAGCUUAAAAUUCAGAAUUUAAAGCUCAGGACCACAACUAAAGAGCUUGACGAUUUAAAGAUUGAGGGUGUUUCGGAGACCUCUGUUCUUCCAAAACAAGGGGGAGAAAAGAAUCCACAAGGCAAGACUAAUAAAACUCAAACUCAACCUCCUCCAAAACCAAAAGCUUCUGCUGAACCGAAGGAUAAUGAAGCUUCGGUCAGUCACAGGGAAAAGAGAAAGAAGAACAUUGGUGAAGAUGAUGUUGAUGAAGAUGAUGAUAUUUAA